GGGAAGCAGCUAUUCACUCCAGGGCUUGCUAGAACCCCUCAGGGUGCAGGCUGAGAGGGACCCAGAAUUACUUCAGAAAGGAGCUGCAGCGGCGGACCACAGUCCCGGGAUGCAGGCCUUGGUGCUACUCCUCUGGACUGGAGCCCUGCUCGGGCACGGCAGCAGCCAGAAUGUCGGCAGCAGCUCUGAGGGCUCCCCAGUUCCCGACAGCACGGGGGAGCCGGUGGAGGAGGAGGACCCCUUCUUCAAGGUCCCUGUAAACAAGCUGGCAGCAGCCGUUUCCAACUUUGGCUAUGAUCUGUACCGCCUGAGAUCCAGUGCUAGCCCGACUGCCAACGUUCUGCUGUCUCCACUCAGCGUGGCCACAGCCCUCUCUGCUCUUUCUCUGGGAGCUGAACAGCGAACAGAAUCUGUCAUACACCGGGCUCUUUACUACGACUUGAUCAGCAACCCCGACAUCCAUGGCACCUACAAGGAUCUCCUCGCCUCUGUUACUGCCCCAGGGAAGAGCCUCAAGAGUGCUUCCAGAAUUGUGUUUGAGAGGAAACUUCGAGUAAAAUCCAGCUUUGUUGCACCUCUGGAGAAGUCAUAUGGGACCAGGCCCAGAAUCCUCACUGGCAACCCUCGAAUAGACCUCCAGGAAAUCAACAACUGGGUGCAGGCCCAGAUGAAAGGGAAAAUCGCUCGGUCCACAAGGGAAAUGCCCAGCGCCAUCAGCAUCCUCCUCCUCGGCGUGGCUUACUUCAAGGGGCAGUGGGUAACAAAGUUUGACCCAAAAAAGACGACCCUCCAGGAUUUUCACUUGGAUGAGGACAGGACUGUGAAAGUCCCCAUGAUGUCAGAACUCAAGGCCAUCUUACGAUAUGGCUUGGACUCCGAUCUCAACUGCAAGAUUGCCCAGCUGCCCUUGACAGGAAGCAUGAGCAUCAUCUUCUUCCUGCCCCUGACGGUGACCCAGAACUUGACCAUGAUAGAGGAGAGCCUCACUUCUGAGUUCAUCCAUGACAUAGAUCGAGAACUGAAGACCAUCCAAGCCGUGCUGAGCGUCCCCAAGCUGAAGCUGAGCUAUGAGGGCGAAGUCACCAGUUCUCUGCAGGAGAUGAAGCUACAGUCCUUGUUUGAGUCCCCGGACUUCAGCAAGAUCACAGGCAAACCCGUCAAGCUCACCCAGGUGGAACACAGGGCUGCUUUUGAGUGGACUGAGGAGGGGGCAGAAAGCAGCCCCACCCCAGGCCUCCAGCCCGCCCGCCUCACCUUCCCACUAGACUACCACCUCAACCAGCCUUUCAUCUUUGUCCUGAGAGACACAGACACGGGGGCCCUGCUCUUCAUAGGCAAAAUUCUGGACCCCAGGGGCACUUAAUGCUUCUCUUCAGUGUGCUCCAGAAGAAAACCCCAGAGGGAUGGCUGAUUACACAUUCCAGGAAGGCUGCCUGCCCUAUAGCUUCAAUGUAUCCUUUGCAAUAAACGAGCUUUUCCUGAA